GACGCCGCAGUCUAUUUAUGCCCCAGUCUAUUUACGUGGUGGCUGGGCCAAACGCAAGUUCUAGGAUGCCCAGGAGGGGCGGGAAAGGCGAACCUCCGAAAUGCUGGCGGGAUCUGUGGAGGAGCAGGCGCGGGGAGCAGACACUACAGGACUAUUCGAGCGAUGUCGCAUCUCACUCCCGCCAGCGCAAGCCUAGAUCAUAUGAAGUAUUUCAUGCAUGAACCAGGGAAGAUUCCAAUUCGUUGAACCUGGGAAAUUGGAACUGAAAAGGGAUAUCCAUAGGAGAACAGCCCAUCUUCACCACCCGAGCGCAUGUCUUCCAGAUUGACCCCAGCACCAAGAAGAACUGGGUGCCUGCAAGUAAGCAAGCUGUCACUGUUUCCUACUUCUACGAUGUCACGAGGAAUAGCUAUCGGAUCAUCAGUGUGGAUGGAGCCAAGGUGAUCAUAAACAGCACAAUCACGCCGAAUAUGACCUUCACCAAAACGUCACAGAAGUUUGGGCAGUGGGCAGACAGCAGAGCCAACACGGUGUUUGGUUUGGGGUUUUCUUCUGAGCAGCAGCUGACAAAGUUUGCAGAUAAGUUCCAGGAGGUAAAAGAAGCUGCCAAAUUAGCCAAAGACAAAUCCCAGGAGAAAAUCGAGACUUCGAGUAAUCAUUCCCAAGAAUCUGGGUGUGAAACCCCAUCUUCUACUCAGGCAUCCAGCGUCAAUGGAACGGAUGAUGAAAAGGCUUCUCAUGUGGGUCCAGCUGACACACACCUCAAGUCUGAGAACGACAAACUGAAGAUCGCUUUGACACAGAGUGCUGCCAAUGUGAAGAAAUGGGAGAUCGAGCUGCAGACCCUGCGGGAAAGCAAUGCUCGGCUGACCACAGCACUGCAGGAGUCAGCAGCCAGCGUGGAACAGUGGAAGAAGCAGUUCUCCAUCUGCCGAGAUGAGAACGAUAGGCUCCGCAACAAGAUUGACGAGUUAGAAGAACAGUGCAGUGAGAUAAACAGGGAGAAGGAGAAGAAUACUCAGCUGAAGAGAAGAAUUGAGGAGCUGGAGUCAGAACUCCGAGAAAAGGAGACGGAGUUGAAGGAUCUCCGAAAACAAAGUGAAAUCAUACCUCAGCUCAUGUCAGAGUGUGAAUACGUCUCUGAGAAGUUAGAGGCGGCAGAGAGAGACAAUCAAAACCUGGAAGACAAAGUGCGAUCUCUAAAGACCGACAUUGAGGAAAGUAAAUACCGACAGCGUCAUCUGAAGGUAGAGUUGAAGAGCUUCCUGGAGGUGCUGGAUGGGAAGAUUGAUGACCUCCAUGACUUCCGCCGAGGCCUCUCCAAGUUGGGUACAGACAACUAGGGCUGGGCACAGACCUGGGCCCUGGAUCAUGAGUCCCACGUGUGUGUGUGUGUGAUGAAAUAGGACUAGGAUGUUCUCCUGUUAGCAUUGCUUCUGUAAGUGCAGGCGCAAUUUGUCUUGUUUCCAAACCAGUUGUGCCGUCCACUCACUCCUCUCCAGAAUAGAAAUCUCUUGCUCCUCUGGCCUCACGAGGUUGUGGACAACUGGAAGAUUCUGACUCAGGAAUCCAGAACUAGGUCUACCUAAAAUGUUUACGCAGUCAGGGCAGGGAUGUUUAUAUCUUUCUUAAGGGCUGUUGCAACCAUAUGAACCGAAAAACAAGGUAAUUUUCUAAUUCAAGUAUCAGUGUCCCCUUUACAACAGGCCUUUUUGCUCCUUUUACUGAAUAGCAUUUGGAGUACAUGAUUAUCCACCAGGCUCCAGUCCAUGGGGCAAGGAGGGAGUAACGUCUCUCACAGUAAACAUUGAGUCAUUUUAAAGCAACCGUUUAGUGUGGUGACUUAUCUGGAGAAAGAAAGCAAGUUUCUGGGUGAAUUUUCUGGUAUGGGAAUCACUUGUAUCCACUAUAUCCCAUCCUCCCUCAGUUUGUAUGGUUGCGACAAUAUUCCUUUUGUUGGUUUUAAUUUCUGAGCAGAUGCUUGUGCUGUGGGAACAGCACAUGGUGAGGGCGCCAAGCACACAGUGCCUGGCACAACGUAGGUGCUUAAUAAAUAUUGUUCAAUUAAACAUUUAAA